AUGGAAUCUUUUAUGUUUGUUAACGAAUUUAAGAAUUCGUACCAGCCUCCAAGUGACAUACUUACGGAAAGCAUUUCAUCUACUCCAGUGCGCCAAAAAUGUAUAAUAUCCAGUACGGUGAAAAUAAGAAGACCAAAGAACGCAUUCAUGCUAUACAGGCAGGCCGUACACCCUAGCAUUCUAUCAAGCAAUUCUACGAUUCAUAAUAAAGAAAUUUCACGAACGGCAGGGAAAAUGUGGAAAAAUGAAAAGGAAGAAGUCCGUAAAUAUUACGAGCGAAAAGCGGAUGAAGAGAAACUAUACCACAGCAAAAAGUUUCCUGGAUAUAUAUAUAAACCACAACAACGAAAAACAAGGCGACCACAGUCUACGGUCUGUAAACCUUUUCUUCGAAGCACUUCAGACAUUCAACUUAUAUACCAGAAAACUGAAAGCAAGUCUCCGUCCGAGAAAUUAAGCGCUACCUCACAAGACUACAUAAUUCAUUGUCGGGACGAAUCAACUAAUGAAGACGAGAUCUUAAAUACUCCACCAACCCAAUGCUUAGAUGAUUCUAUAUUAAAAACGUUUCUAGAUGAUUUAAGUUUUGAUAUUUUCUCCCCUAUAGACGAGCUUAUAUUCUCUUUAUGUUCAUAA